AUGGAUAGCAACGAGUUGACUGGACCUAUCCCACCAACAAUCGGAAGGUUACAGGAACUCGAACAAUUGUAUCUUGAACACAAUAGACUAGAAGGACCCAUCCCCGAUGAUCUCUGCCAUUUAACCAACUUGGGAGACUUGUAUGUGAGUAACAAUAAGCUUUAUGGCCUGAUACCAACAUGCUUGGGAAAACUCAAGUCUCUAAGAAGACUCUACUUAGACUACAACAACUUGACUUCCAUACCCUCAAACUUGUGGAGCCUUCAUGACCUAUUGGGUCUAAAUUUAUCCACAAAUUCUCUGGGAGGUAAUCUACCAUUAGAUAUCGGGAAUUUGAAGGUCAUAACACAAUUAGACUUGUCAUGGAACCAGUUAUCAGGUGAUAUCCCCAGCACCAUCGGAAGCGCUCAAUCAUUAGUAAAUUUAUCCUUGGGGCAUAAUAAACUGCAAGGACAUAUUCCUCAAUCACUGGGAAUUUUUGGAUCUAUCUGGCGCAAGAAAGAUAAUUCCAGAUUACCUACCCAAGUUGAUUCAGUGCCUCUUGCAUGGAGAAGGAUUUCAUACCAUCAGCUUCUACAAGCAACAAACGCAUUUAAUGAAUCGAACCUACUUGGUAAGGGGAGUUUUGGUUCUGUAUAUGGUGGAACGCUUUCAGAUGGGACAAAUAUUGCAGUAAAGGUUUUUAAUUUGCAAUCAGGAGGAGCAUUCAGGAGUUUUGAUGUCGAAUGCGAGGUAAUGCGUAAUAUUCGCCAUCGAAACCUUACUGAAAUCAUCAGCAGCUGCACGAACAUGGAUUUCAAAGCCUUGUUACUAGAGUACAGGCCUAAUGGGAGCCUUGAGAAGUGGUUAUAUUCUCACAACUAUUGUUUAGAUGUCCUACAAUGGUUAAACAUAAUGAUAGAUGUUGCAUCGGCCUUGGAAUAUCUACAUCAUGGUCAUACAACACCCAUUCUGCACUGUGAUUUGAAGCCCAGCAAUGUCCUGCUCGAUGAAAAUAUGGUUGCACAUAUUGCUGAUUUCGGUAUUGCCAAACUCUUGGGUGAUGGGGAUUUUAUGGCACAAACCAGGACAUGUCCAACAAUUGGUUAUACGGCACCGUAA